AUAAAAGUAUUUGCACCAGGAGAUGUGGGCGCUAAUGCAAGGGAUAGGACAAGUCCAGAAGAUGGAGUCCAUCAGAAGGAAUCCAAGCUGGAGUUAUUUGGUUUCGAUUCUCUUGUGAAUAUUCUUGGUUUGAAGAGUAUGACAGGAGAGCAGAUUCCGACACCUUCUAGCCCUAGAGAUGGGGAGGAUAUCUCCAUCACGCAAGGGCACCCGAAGCCUCUCAAGAUGGGCACAAUGAUGGGAGUUUUCGUUCCCUGCUUGCAAAACAUAUUAGGAAUUAUAUACUAUAUCCGUUUCACAUGGAUUGUUGGUAUGGCUGGUAUCGGACAAGGUCUGGUAUUGGUAUUGCUCUGUGGCUUAUGUACAUUCUUGACGACGAUAUCUCUGAGUGCUAUUGCAACAAAUGGCGCAAUGAAGGGUGGAGGACCAUAUUACCUCAUUGGUCGCGCUCUUGGUCCAGAAGUUGGGAUUAGCAUAGGUUUGUGCUUCUUCCUUGGCAAUGCAGUUGCUGGAGCUCUGUAUGUUUUAGGUGCCGUGGAGACUUUUCUAAAAGCAUUCCCUGCUGCUGGGAUUUUUAGAGAAACUAUCACAAAGGUUAAUGGAACAGCAGUUGCCGAAUCAAUACAAAGCCCGAACUCACAUGACUUGCAGAUUUAUGGAAUUGUAGUGACGAUCCUUCUUUGCUUCAUUGUGUUUGGCGGCGUGAAGAUGAUCAAUCGGGUUGCACCUGCUUUCCUCGUACCCGUUUUGCUCUCUAUCUUCUGCAUAUUCAUUGGGAUAUUUUUGGCAAAGACUGAUGACCCUGACACUGGAAUUACGGGCUUGCGUUUAAAAAGUUUUAAAGAUAACUGGGGUUCUGCUUAUCAAAUGACAAAUGAUGCGGGAAUUCCUGAUCCAACUGGAGGCACGUACUGGAGCUUCAAUGAGCUGGUGGGUCUAUUUUUCCCUGCUGUAACAGGAAUUAUGGCUGGUUCAAAUCGAUCAGCUUCCCUGAAAGACACACAAAGAUCAAUAACUGUUGGAACGUUGGCUGCCACUCUGACCACAACCUCGCUAUAUUUGAUCUCUGUGUUAUUUUUUGGAGCUGUUGCGACCCGUAAUAAACUUUUGACUGAUAGCGAGAAGUGUCCUGGAGGAAAUGCAAAAACCCACUUGUUACUUGCAUAUUCGUGUCUUUAGUAUGGUUAAACCUGAAAGAAACUAAAAUAACCUCAUGUUCUUU